CUCUUGGGUGUGUCCCACUGUGUGAACUGUGUCAUCAGUCCUGUGUGUUGUUUAUGUGGAGAUCUGGCAAGAGGCACUGCCAUGGGACUUGGAGCUGCUCUUCUUGGAUUUGUGUUUUUAAUGGACCAGAGCAUCUGGGCACAGUAUGGACCCCCACCCCAGCCUUACAUCUGGGCAGUUCCAGGACCUGUGAUUCCCACAGGCAGUGGUAUGAGCAUCUUCUGCAGGACCCCUCCAGGGGUGACCCGAGUAUGUCUCUCUAGUAGUGUAUUCAAUGGAAAAUGCUUGGAUAGUACCCCAGAGGGAUCUCAGGAGGUGUUUGAAUUCAGUCUGCAGAGGAUGACACAUGAGAAUGUGGGAGUUUACUACUGUGAAUACAGAAAGGGAGGUCAAUGGUCACAAAAGAGUGAUCAGCUGGAGCUGGUGGUGACAGGUGUUUACCAGGAGAAGCCAUCCCUUACUGUGGAUUCAAUACCUCAGGGAUUCCCAGAAAGAAAUGUGACUCUCCUCUGUCACACACAUUCUCCAUUUAACAUCUUCAUCCUCUGCAGAGGUGGAAAUGCCUCCUUCCCCCAGAACUGUUCACGUCAGUCCCACAGCACAUUCCUCAUCUCCCCUGUGAGCCCAGGGCACAGCAGGACCUACAGAUGCUUUGCUUCUCCUGAACACAGUCCCUCCUUGUGGUCACUGCCUAGUGAUCCCCUGAAGUUGUCAAUCCCUGUGUUUUCAAUGGAGAAGAUCUGGGCACAAUAUGGGCUACCAUCCCAACCUUCCAUCUGGGCAGUUCCGGGAGCUGUGAUUUCCACAGGCAGUGAUGUGAGCAUCUUCUGCAGGACCCCUCCAGGGAUGACCACAGUGCGUCUAAACCAUCAUGUACCCAAAGGCAAAUGGCUUGACCAUACCCCACAGGGAGCCCAGGAGGUGUUUGAAUUCAGUCUUCAGGAUAUGACACACAUGAAUGCAGGGAUUUACUACUGUGAAUACAGCAAUCGAGGUGAAUGGUCACUAUGUCAUGACAAACUGGAGCUGAUGGUGACAGGUGUUUACAAGGAGAAGCCAUCCCUUACUGUGGAUGCAGGACCUCAGGGAUUCUCAGAAAGAAAUGUGACUCUCCUCUGUCACACACCUCAUUCCUUUCACACCUUCAUCCUCUGCAGAGGUGGAAAUGCCUCCUUUCCCCUGAACUGUUCACGUCAGUCCCACAGCACAUUCCUCAUCUCCCCUGUGAGCCCAGGGCACCGGAGUACCUACAGAUGCUUUGGCUCUUACAAACACAGUCCCUACUUGUGGUCACUGCCUAGUGAUCCCCUUGAGUUGUCAAUCCCGGGUACAUCUGACCACACUGUGGUUUGGAUCUCAGUUGCUGCUGUUGGCUUUCUCUUCCUCCUCUUCCUCCUCCUCACCUGCCUCUAUUGCCUUUGGACCAAAUGCAGGGCCACCAAUGGUGAGACCAGAAGCCAAGUGAAAUAUAAGAGGUCCAGCCCAACCAUGGACAUGGAGGGAAAACAUAAAUAUGGUGACUUGGAGGGCAGUCAGCCUGAGGACUGUAGGAAGGUGGACACACAGGUGUCUGCAGCAGAACGCUCACAGGAGGUGACGUAUGCCCAACUACGCCAACACAACUUCACAGAGCACCUGGAUCCCAUUCCCUCCAAUGCUCUUCAGGACACAUCCACACAGACUUGUGUAUAUGCCAGCCUUACAUUGUCCCAAGAGGAGACUCAGAGCAUCUACAAGUUUCCUGCUUGGCCACACAACUCAGGACCGGGCUGCAGAGCCAUGUCUCCAGCCCAACCUGCUUUCUUCUGUCUUGGGUUGUGUGCACUGCAAGUGAUCCAAGCACAGAGUGGCCCCUUGCCUAAGCCUUCACUCAGGGCUCAUCCCAGUUCCCUGGUACCCCUGGACCAGUCAGUCACUCUUCGGUGCCAGGGGCCUCCGGUCGUGGAUUUAUAUCGCCUGGAGAAACUGAAAUCCAGGGAGUAUGAGGAUCAAGACUCUCUCUACAUCAAUACCAUGAAAAUAAGCAAUGCUGGACGCUACCGCUGUUCAUAUCAGAAUGGGAGUCACUGGUCUCCCGCAAGCGACCAGCUCGAGUUAAUUGCUACAGGUGUUUACGAUAAGCCCUCACUCUCAGCUCAUCCAGGCUCAGUGGUCACUUCCGGCGGGGACAUGACCCUACAGUGCCAGACCCAACAUGGCUUUGAUCAGUUUGUGCUGUACAAAGAGGGGGACACUGAGCCUUAUAAGAAACCCGAGAGAUGGCACCAGGCUGACACUGGGCCUCAUAAGAAACCCCAGAGCUGGUACCGGGCUGAUUUCCCCAUCACCACAGUGACUGCCACUCACAGUGGGAUUUACAGGUGCUACAGCUUUUCCAGCUCAUCUCCGUACCUGUGGUCAGCCCCCAGCAACCCCCUGGAGCUUGUGGUUGUAGGACCCUCUGCCACUCCCCGCCAGGUACCCACAGAGUUGCCAUCUCCCAUAACAGAAACCUCCAGGAGACUUUACAACUUACUCUCAACCAAGAUAUCUACAACUGAGAAGUCUAUGAAUAUCACCAUCUCUCCAGAGGAGUCAAGCCCUCCAUUUGGUUUUUCCCACCAGCACUAUGCCAGAGGGAAUCUGGUCCGAAUAUGCCUUGGUGCCAUGAUUAUAAUAUUCCUGGUGGGGCUUCUGGCAGAGGAUUGGCGCAGUCGGAAGAAACGCCUGCCACACAGGAUCAGAGCUGUGCAAAGACCACUCCCACCCCUCCCACGGGCUUAGAAAUAACAUGGCUUGUAGGACAAUGGUUGACUAGAUGUUCAUCAUAAUUAGAGCCCCAGACAUGGAUUUACUCAAGAAUGGGGAGGUUUUAUAAAGAUUGUGUGUAGACACUAAUCUGAGGGCUGAGCCAAGAAGAUAGGAUGGAGGUCCCUAUGCCUUCCUGAUGUUCUGUCAAGCAUUUGAGUCAAUAUCUACUUUUCUGAAAGAACUCCACAUGGGAUGAAAAAAAUCUACGGGAUUUUUGUUACCGUUCAUGUGGUAGAUAGCAUACUAUACCUGUGUAAUGGCAUUUCUUUAAUCUUAUCUAACACGGGUUCCAGAUUGAUUUACCUGGCUUACACAGCUGAUCUGUUCCAUCCUUUACAUAUCCACUAUUCUCUGGUAGUUUGUGUUCCUCUGUGGUGGUCCAUAGAUUUAGCCUUUACCCUAACUCCAUCUUAAGUCACAGUUGGAUAAAUAUUUUAUUUUUUAGAAUGGAAGCUUGUUCUCUAGAAAGUAGGCUAGAUUGUUACUUUUCAUUAAUACACAAUAAUCUAUA